AUGUCGAUGAGUAGCCAUCAUCAUCAACAAUAUGAUCACCAACCAACCGUCAUCACAAACAUCUCUCCCUCCUCUCCCAGAAGUGGUUCCUCUCAGCCGAGCUCUCCAACCAAUAAAGGAACUUGGCAUCAAUACUCACCCAAGUCCUCUUCCAUCUCACGACCUCCUACUGUUCCAACCCAAACAACCACCACCACAUCAACCACUCACCGAGGUUUACAAAUUUCCAUUCCGUCCAGUGUUCAUUAUUAUUCGAAUCGAAACAUUCAACACGCCCUAUGCUCUCCAACAUCCGAUCAUGUCAUUGGAGAAGAAAAUUUACAACUCUUUUCAUUGUACAGCCCUCACGCUUUGAAUAACUUCACUUUUUCAAAUAACCAAAGCCAAUAUACGGAAUGUCUAAAAAGUUGCUUAUCGAGCUUGCGAGUCAAAACUAUGAGCCUUUUGUUUUUGACGUUUGCUUCCAUCUUGAUUAUUUGCUUGAUUGGGUUAGGAAUCUCGUUUCAACUCUCAUUUACAGAGGUUGAGAACAAGGUGGCGAUUGAUACCUCUCGAAAAACAGCUCGAGCACUCGAAGAUGAUUUUAGAAUGUUGUUGGAAAAGGUCUAUGAUUAUGCUGCGUGGGAUGAAAGUUUUUACAUUGUGAAAGAUCACAACUUGAAAGGAGCUCAAGAAUUAAUGGAAGCCUAUUUCUUAGCUCCCUUCAUGGAGAGGGCAGCAAUUAAUUAUGCUGGAAUGUACUAUACGAAUGGAUCAUUACUGGCAGGAGUUGGUGCAUGGAAAUCUCGAUAUCUCAAAAACUUACCUCAGGAAUUGAAACAAUUAGAUGCUCAACUUGUACAAGGUGCAGAUGACCCUGAAACGCGUAAUAUUGCAUUUGUUGUGCCUGAGAUGAGUUUAUUCGAAUUAUUGCAAGAUGAAGAUCGUGUCGCAUACUUGAAUGAGAAGAAUCCAACAAAUACUUCGGACAUACUUUUAAUAGCAUUGGUACCAAUCCAACCUAACAAUAAUUCGUUUACUUGUGGCUUUUUCCUGUAUGCAAAAUAUUUAACAUUAAGUUAUGUUCAUGACAUGUCUCUUCGAACGCAAAUGUGUACAGGCUUUUUUGAUGCGCUUCAUGACAAUGAUGCAUUAAGGUCUCUCAUGCGCGAUUUUUCUGUAACCUCUGAGGAUGACUUGAAACAGUUUUUUAGGAAUGUGCAAGCUACAAAACUGCUAAAUUUCAAAAAUGAUUCGUGGACAAAGGAUAAACCUUUUCAAACCACAAAGAAAGGUCCAUACGAUGACAAUAGAUAUAGAGCAUGCCCAGAAAAUUCCCUUGACGGUUUACCAGCUCGAAUGGCCACUUAUCAAAUGUUUACUGACAUUAGUGGCGAACAUAGAAUUAUAGCUCGUACUGAUUUAUCACGAGAUAUGGCUCAAGUAGGAUGGAGUUCCUUUUUAUAUUCCUGUUUGGUAUUAGUCGGAAUUGUAUUGGGAUUAACAGUCACAGUGUUGAUGUUUGUAGAAUGUUGUAUCCUUCGAAGAGUCUUAAAAAUUGGAAAAACUGUACGAUUUAUCACUUCAUCCAAUGACAUUAAGCAACGUGUCCCUAGUGCUGGAAGGGACGAGUUAGGUACCCUUUGUCAAGAUAUAAACAAGAUGUUGAACGCAUUGGAAGAGUCACAAUCCAAAUUAGCAAAAGACAAUAAUAUCAUGCAAGCUUUAUUGGAGAAGACAGCACUCGAGGAGCAAAAAUCGAGAUGCGUCAUGAACUCUAUUCAUGAUUAUAUUGUGACAGUUGAGUGUGCAACGGGCAUAAUAAUUAAUAUGAACACUGCUUUUGAACAAAAAUUGAUGAAGAAAAAUUCAUCGGACAACAAUCGAAGAAGCUUUGCCGAUAAUCAAAUCAUUACUGACUACAUUACAGAGUUUGGGACUAUGGAUAUGAUACUGGAACAUCUAGAAACUCUUUCUCAGAGCAAUGACAACAGCCAAUAUGAAACUGUUGUGGUGAAUCCAUUUGGAGUCAAGCAUCCUGUGAGCGUCAAUGUAACCAAAGCUAAAAUGACACUACGAGAAGGAAUAAUUGGAGAGGCUUUUAUCAUUGUACUUCGAAACUUGAGCGAACAGAGAGAACUGAAAUCACAGCUUCACAAACAACAGGAAAAGCUUGAAGAAAUGAGAAAAGUUUCUGAAUUCAAUAAUGUCAUGAAAGAUGGCAUUCUUAGAUCCUUGUUAAAAGAAUUUGCAAGUGCUGAAAUGAGUUUGGAAAACAUUCAAUUUUUAGAAGAUGUGGAACUCUACAAAUCUUUAUCAAAAAUUAGAGACAGAUCUGCAUUGCAACAAGAAAUUAUCACCAAAUAUUUAGAAAAUGAGUCAAACACACCACUCAAUGUUUCAAAACACGUCAUUGAGAGCGAAUUCAAAAAAAUCAUCUCUGGUUUUGGUCAAUUAGAUUUAUUCGAUAGAUUAGAAAAUAUUAUUAAGCAAAUGGUCAUCAAUGAUACAUUUUCACGUUUUCUUGCUUCUCAAGAAUAUCGAGAUUACAUGAGCAAUCAAAUACUCAUGCAUGAAGAAUCUAGUUCAGAAGGGACAGAGACCAUCGAUAUGACACAUCCAGAGUGUUCUGACAACAACCUGAGAUGA